CUUCAUCGCUGCUGGGGCAGGUCUGACAGGCUGUGCACAGGCUCUGCUACAGGGGCCACGCUGAUCGCAGACUUGGGGCGCAGGCGGCGCUGUAGAGGGACUGCCAAGCGCGCAGACAGCUGAACCGCGCGGUUGCAGCCCUUGGUGGCAGCCCCCGGCGCUUGCAUCCCGCCCAUCACCGUGCCCAGCGGCUGCAGCACCCUCAGUUGGACGCGGAGACAGUCGAAUAGAGCAAGAUGGUGAAGCUGGUUAGGUUUUUGAUGAAGCUGGCGAAUGAGAAGGUGCAAAUAGAGCUGAAGAACGGCACGGUCGUGUAUGGAACAAUCACCGGCGUGGACGUGGCCAUGAACACGCACCUGAAGACGGUCAAGCUGGUGCCCAAGGGGCAGAACCCCAUCACCGUGGCCCAGAUGUCCAUCCGUGGCAACAACAUACGCUACUAUAUCCUGCCAGACUCACUCAACCUGGACACCCUGCUAGUGGACCUGGAUCAGCCCAAGACGCGGCCCAAGCGGCCCGAGCGGCCCGCCGGGCGCGGGCGGGGCCGCGGACGCGGCAGGGGACGCGGCCGGGGCAGGGGCUGAAGGCGCGCGGCGCGACGCGGCCCAGCGGCCAGCGGCUGGGGGCGUGCGGCCAGCGGCACCGCCGCCCUCCGCCUGCCGCCGUCUACAGCGCUCGAGAUCCCACCUGCUGUUGCCCUUCUCGCAAGCAUGAGGCAGGGUGCAGACGGCUGUCACCACCACUGCCCGCUCCGCUUCUGCAUCGCACUCCCAAUUGCCUCUUGUUUCCAGCCCCCUCCUUUCCUUUCCUCUGCUUCCGCUCCCGCAUUCGUUGACCUGUCACUGACUCUCUGCAACACUCUCACACAUC